GCACCCCGUUUGUGUCCCCUAAGAGCUCAGCUAAGCCGACAGUGAGAUGUUGCUAUCUGAAAAUAGGAGUAAGCCUUGUCUGGUGUUACGCCCUUCUUGAUCCCCUCCUUCCCUGUCCCUUUCGUCUUCCUUCGCUCGCCGUCACCCCAACCCGCCGGCACCCUUCUCCGACGAACGGCGAUCGAGUUGCGUCCGACGCCCUCUCAGAGCAGUGCAUUGUUCCGCCGGAAACGGACGGUGGAGAUGGGGAGGGAGGUGGCUGAGACCUGCAUGGAAGGCAUGAUCUUGGAGAUGGUGUCCGCGUACUCCACCCGCUUCUACGCCACGAAGCCCGACCUCGCCGCCCGCCGGAUCGAGGCCAUUGGCUACCAGGUCGGCCUCCAGCUCUCCGAGAGAUAUACAACAGAGCGCCCACGGUUUGGUGAUCAUCUAGAGGCAAUCAAGUUCAUCUGCAAAGAUUUUUGGUCAGAGCUAUUCAAUAAGCAGAUUGAUAACCUGAGGACUAAUCACCGAGGUACGUUUGUGCUUCAGGAUAAUCGGUUCCGUUGGCUUACACGCAUACCAAUCAAUUCAUUGCCCAAUAAGAUGGAUGCAUCCCAGCAUGACCCUUCUGCACCAACCCCUGAUAAUAAAGCAGCUCAAGACACAAGCAUGCAUCUCUAUUUCCCAUGUGGAAUUAUAAGGGGGGCCCUCUCCAGCCUGGGAAUUCCAUGUGCUGUUUCUGCUGACAUAUCCAACCUGCCUGCAUGUUCGUUUGUGGUACGCAUAAAAGCUUAA